AAUUUAACUUUCAAUUUCGAUUUAAUUCAGGAAAACAUGGAGUCCGUCUGAUGUGUGAUUGUAGAAUUGAUUUGAUAAACCGAACAGUUUUAGAGCUUUAAAGAAAACAUCCGACAGAAAGAACACUUUAUAACGUAAACCCCUGCUCGGUUGAACGUUUCAGAUUACGCCUGGUGUCACGUUAACUUCCCUGGCAGACAUAUACGGUCGUUGUUGUCGUUGCCGGAGUCCCAGCAGUGAAUCAGCAUGUUGGAAGAAACCGGGCCGGAGUGGUUGUCUGAGGAGGUGAAAACCGGAACGACUAUCAUUGCCAUAGAGUUCAAUGGAGGGGUCGUGCUCGGGUCUGAUUCCCGAGUGUCUGCAGGGGAUUCAGUGGUGAACAGGGUGAUGAACAAGUUGUCUCCCCUCCAUGACAAGAUCUACUGUGCUCUGUCAGGCUCUGCAGCAGACGCCCAGACCAUCGCUGAGAUGGUCAACUACCAGCUAGAUGUUCACAGUAUUGAGAUAGAUAAGGACCCCCGUGUUCGCUCAGCUGCCACUCUGGUGAGGAACAUCUCGUACAAGUACAAGGAGGAGUUGUCAGCGCAUCUUAUUGUGGCUGGCUGGGACAGAAGAGAUGGAGGACAGGUGUUUGCCACCCUGAAUGGUCUCCUGACAAGGCAGCCUUUUGCAGUUGGUGGCUCUGGCAGCUCAUACGUUUAUGGAUAUGUUGAUGCUGAGUAUCGCAGGAACAUGAACAAGGAGGAGUGCCAGCAGUUUGUUCUCAACACUCUGUCUUUGGCAAUGAACCGUGAUGGCUCCAGUGGUGGCGUGGCCUAUAUUGUCUCCAUUGAUGAACACAGCACAGAGGAGAAAGUCAUUCUAGGAAAUGACUUACCCACCUUCUUUGAUCAGUGAGCAAUAUGUUCUCAUCUCUAGUCUGCCAAGCCACUGUUGUGCAGGAUACAACUAGGGAUUUGUUUUGCUCACAAAAGCCAUUACACACACUUUUGCUCAGCUGUCAACAAAUUCAGCUUGUAACUAAAAAACAUUUAUUUUUAAAUACUGCAAUAAAAUAAUAAUUUCCAAAGCUAUUUCAAGUGAAAUGUGGGGUAGCCUUUGUGUUUGUGUAAUUUAAAAAGCUGAUUGCACCCUCACAUCACCAGGUAAAGCUGAUGGAGUUUGUGGCUCAUUAUUAAGAGACUUUGAAUUAUAAUGAAGAAGAAAGUUAUCUCACCAGAGGGAUGUUGGCAAAAAUUUAGUUAGCUCCAUCCCUUGACUAAGUUAAAUUAAGGACAGCUUCAGAGUCAGACAUGGAAAUGAUCACUGUGUCUGUCCUCAAAUGGUCUUUUUCUCGAGCCACUUACUUCUCCUAAACUUGUUGCAAGACUCAUUACUCAGUCCAUGAGGCUGCAAACAUGACAACAGCACUAUCAAUUUGUGUGUAAUGGUGGCAGAGUAAAUAAAAGUUCAUUUAACAAAACCUGCAAAACCCUUGACAUUCCUUAAACCUCUCUAUAAAUAGAGCCACAGAAACUCUGCCACACUCUGUAACAUCAGCAGCAGCUGUGUGAGGUAUUCAGUCUGACAAACCAAAAAGUGAAAGUCACAUUUGUUGCACUACCACUGGAUUAUGUCACCCUCCACUGUUUACCUCCACUUGCCUGGUUGAUGGUUGGUCACCUGCCCACAUGAUUUAGACUUGACAUUUUUAAAAGCCUGCUUAAAUUUAAAAUGUGCACUAUGAGUCGUGCAUAGAGCCCAAGCAUGCUUUUAUGUCAAUAAUGUGAAAUUUAAAAUAAAGCUUGUGUUGAAAAAUGAA